AAUUUGACCAAAUCCAAAUGAGUGGAAGAUUCGUCAGAGCUUCCAAGUACCGUCAUGUGUUUGGGCAAGCUGCUAAAAAAGAGCUCUGCUACGAGAAUUUGAAAGUAACCAAAAAUGCCUGGGAUUCAGACAUUAUUAAGUCCAAUGGAAAGUAUAUUUCGUUGAACUGGGACUCUUCUGGAGGAGGAGCUUUUGCUGUUAUUCCAGUGGAAGAAGUGGGCAAGGCUCCCGAUACUGUUUCCUUGUUUAGGGGCCACAAGGGUCCAGUUUUAGAUACCGCAUUCAACCCUUUCAACGAUCAACAAAUCAUCAGUUGUUCGGAUGAUGCAAAAAUCUUGGUAUGGGAAAUCCCGCAAGACUAUUCGUUCCAUAAGUAUGUGGAUGCCAAUGACAAAAUCAAAGAUAUAACCGAACCAAAGAAGGUAUUAUCUGGACACACCAGAAAAGUAGGUAAGGUUCAGUUCCACCCUUGUGCUGAAAACGUCGUUGCUUCUUCAUCGUUGGACUAUUCGGUCAAGAUCUGGAACUUGGAAACCGGAAAAGAUGAAAUUACUUUGCAGCACAAGGAUUUGGUUACCUCUUUUGCUUUUAACUAUAAUGGUACAUUAUUGGCUACAAGCUCAAGAGACAAGAAAUUGCGAAUCUGGGACAUUAGAGCAGGAAAGAUCAUCUCAGAAGGCCCAGGACAUAAUGGAGCUAAACCCUCAAGAAUUGCUUGGUUGGGAAAUACCGAUAGAAUUGUCACUACUGGGUUUUCAAGGUUGUCAGACCGUCAAGUUGGUGUUUGGGAUGUCAAUGCUAUCGACAAAGGACCAAUUGAUGGGUUCUUGGUUAUUGACCAAUCUUCUGGUGUAUUGAUUCCAGUUUUUGAUGAAUCUACAUCAAUUUUAUAUGUUGCUGGUAAGGGUGAUGGUAAUAUUCGCUAUUAUGAAUAUGAAAAUGACUAUUUACACGAUUUGUCCCAGUUUGCCUCUACCGAUCCUCAGAGAGGGUUCUCUGCGGCUCCAAAGAAGUCUGUUAAUGUUAAAGAGAAUGAAAUUUUAAGGGCAUUUAAAACCGUCAAUGAUCAUUCUAUUGAACCAUUGUCUUUUACUGUUCCAAGAAAGUCAGAAUUAUUCCAAACUGAUAUUUACCCAGACUGUCCAUCAGGAAAGCCUUCAUUAUCAGCUGAGGAAUUCUUUAGUGGAAAAGAGUUCAAUGGACCGGUUUUAAUGAGCAUGGAAGCUUUGUACGAAGGAACCGAACCUUCUUUCCACGAAUCAAAGCCUUCUGUGAAUGUUAGUGUUGCCAAAGAAAAAGCUAAAGAAGUUGAAGCCGAGGAGAAGGCCAAAGCUAAAGCUGAAAGUGAAGCCAUCCCUAAAAAGACCACCUUGGACAAAUUUGAAGAGACUGAAUUAUCCACUCCCGGAUCUAAGUCUAUCGAUGAUACUUUGAAGUCUUCAAGCGAAGUGAACAGUUUAUUACACAGAGUCAACGAUUCUAGUGAUAUUGAUGAGGAAGUUGAAAGUGGAGUAAAGGACGAGGAAUGGGAAGAAGUCAAGAAACCUGACGAGUUACCCGACUCUGUGAAGUUGGUGGGCGAUGAUAAGAGUGAGCCUUCUUCUACCGUUACUCCGACACCUUCUUUGAAGACUGUUGUUGAAUCAGAACCUGUUUCAAAGAUAGCAACUACAACAUCAGAGCCAAGUGUAGAGAAACCAAUUGAGAAACCAGCUGAAAAGCCAUUUGAAAAGCCUGUUGAAAAGCCUGUUGACGUCAAAAGUCCUGUUCCAGAACCUGAACCAAAGGAGCCCACAAAGACUGAGAGCAAAGCCCCAACCUUGAAAGCUACAAUUGAAAGGUUUGCUUCUAUUGUUGAAAAUUUGGAACAACAAGUUAGCAAGUUGACAGCAGCUGGUCUCGAAAAGGAUGAAAGAUUGUUGGGAUUAGAGAAGAAAAUUGAAGAAUUACUCAAGAAAUAGACUUUAUCGAUGACCUAUGAACUAUUCAAGAUUUUUUUAACGUAUUAUUCUAAAAUACCCAAAUUGAAAAAUAUACUAUUUUGGUUUUGUAGAAGAUCUAAUCUACUCUUUUUUCAUGUCGUAAAAUUUCUUGAAUACGAAUGAUGUCAAGUUCAUUGUGUCGAAGACAACCAUUCCGUCAAAUACCUCAUACUUGUCUUUACUUUCAUAUUGAAGGUUCAAUAACUCGUCUAAGGUUAUCGAAGCGAAGGCACCAGGUAUGCUGACAGAACCUGAAGCUGCUUCAAUGGUGAAUAUACCAACACGAUGGCAACUAAACAUAAAGUCCAAUUUGGAGGAAGUGUUAUAUCUGGCACUUAACGCACCCGCAAAGUCCAAGAUUACCUUUUGCUCUAUCAAUUUUCUGGCAGAAUACUUGUAAGAUCCGAAUUUGGGUAAUCUAUUAGACUUUUUUAAUUCCCGAUGAUAGAAGUAUUGUUUGCUGAAAAUUGGAAUGAUAUUGAACAACUUCUUGUCUUUUGGCCUCAGCUGCAACUGUGAUAAUAUACUCUCCACAUGGUUGUUAUAAUCACGAUGUUGUCUGUUCAAUACCCGCUCCUUCUCUAUCAACUUUUCUUGGGUCUUUAUUGCAAUCUCUAAUUGAGACUUUCUGGAGAUUCUUUGCAGAUGUUUUGUUUUUAUAUCAACGGCGAUUUGGUUCAAGAUUUCUUGGUAGGAAUUAUUUCUGUGAACUAAUCCCAUGAAUUCUAAUUGUAGAAUAGUUUCCAAUGCAUUUUUCUUCAAGUCAUGGUAAGUGAUCUUGGUCAAAUCCCCCAACGAAGUCUUGUGAUAAGCCUUCUUCUUUUGACCAGAGUUCGCUUCCUGAGACACUUGUCGUUCACCAUGAGUGAUCUCUUUAAAGUUGCGUUCAUGAUCGGGAGUGAUUCCAGCCACUAAUAAUUCUAACAACUCAUCACCCUCUUGGACUCUGAUGAUGUAUAAAACAGAUCGUUUGACUUGGGUGAAAAGUGCGUUUCCUUUUGUAUCAGCGAUUGACUCUUCUUUGGUCGUUGGGUUCAAGUUCAAGGUUAAACUUCCCAACUCAGUUAAUGCCACCAAAUCCUUAGCCGUGUUAACAGCUUGGUUUAGUUGAGUUGCAACCGAGUACAAUUGGUCGUCUGAACUUGGUGCAACCAUGUCGAUGUUGUUCUGGAUUAUCUUUUCAAUUUGAGCCAUGUCUGUGACCUUCAUAGUCAACUUGGGCCUAUCAUGGGUGACAAUAUCGUCAUAAUCAGUUAGGUUGUACGAGGUUUCGA